AUGGAGUUCUUGCUCUUAUCUUUAGAGAGUGUUGUAGAAGAAAAGAUAACUCCCAAUGUUUUAUGCAGACAGAAAGAAAACAGGUUUGGGGGAAAGGCUGCUCCUCUUCUGCAGCAAAGCAAUAAGAAAGAAGGAACAAAGAAGAAAGCUGCAUGUCCAGGACUUGGUCUAUUUUAUACCGUACUGUCUGCCUUCCUUUUCUCAGUGGCCUCUUUAUUUCUUAAAAAAAUAGAAGAUGUACAUUCAGUGGAAGUGAGUGCAUUUCGAUGUGUUUUCCAAAUGGCAUUCAUUCUUCCUGGUUUAAUAUACUACAAAACAGGGUUUUUGGGACCAAAAGGUAAAAGAAUUUUUCUUUUCUUCCGAGGAUUCCUUGGCUCUAGUGCAAUGAUUCUCCUCUACUAUGCUUUCCAAGUCAUGCCACUAGCUGAUGCCACUGUUAUAACUUUUAGCAGUCCUGUUUUUACAUCAUUGCUGGCAUGGAUCUUUCUUAAAGAGAAAUACAGUGUUUGGGAUCUUCUGUUUACCCUCUUCGCAAUCACUGGAGUGGUUCUUAUUGCCAGACCACCAUUUCUGUUUGGGUCAAACGUUACGGGGAUCGAAGGAAGUUACACAGACCACCUUAAAGGAACUAUAGCAGCAAUUGCAAGCACAGUAUCUGGAGCUUCAACUUUUGUUAUUAUAAGGAAGGUGGGAAAAUCUGUACAUUACUUUUUGUCAAUUUGGUAUUAUGCAGUCAUUGGUUUAAUUGGUUGUGUUAUAGCAUUGUUUGUUAUGAACGAGUGGCGAUUGCCAUAUUGUGGUAAAGAUCGAGUUCUUCUCAUAUUAAUAGGCUUGUUAGGGCUGGGAGGUCAGAUAUUUCUCACAAAAGCAUUACAGAUAGAGAAAGCUGGACCUGUAGCCAUAAUGAAAACAAUGGAUGUGGUGUUUGCCUUUAUUUUACAAAUUAUUUUUCUCAAUCAUCUACCAACUUGGUGGACUGUGGGUGGUGCCCUUUGUGUAGUAGCUAGUAGUUCUGGAACUGCCUUUCGAAAGUGGCGACAGAGCUUGAAAAAAGCCAAACAAAACGAAAUCUGA